AUGUCCAACACAAUGCAACAAACGGGCUUCGAUUCCCUGUGUCGCGACCACAACAAGCCCGAUUCCAAACAACUCGAUCUGGGUUCCACCGUUAAUGCCGCCGCUGCUCCCAAACUCCCCAGUGACAGAAUGCCUACCAACCACUCCGGCGAGCUCGCUGCGACGACUAGCGAUAAAAAGCCCGGUCACCGGAGAUCGGUCUCCGCCGGAGCUCCGUUAUACCACUCUGUCGGAGCGAACAGUCCGAGCUUGUUUCCGAGCGGGAACAUUUGUCCGACGGGGAAGAUCCUCAAACCGGGUUCCGGUUUGCCCUCUCGCGGGCCGAACCGGACCGACGUCUUGGGUUCGGGGAAUCGCGCAAUGGGUGGUUCUGAUCCUGAGGAGGUGAAGAAUGUUGGGAACGAUUUGUAUAGGAGUGGUAACUUUACAGAGGCGUUGGCAAUGUAUGAUCGUGCUGUUUCCAUGUCGCCGGGAAAUUCCGCUUACCGGAGUAAUCGUGCGGCGGCGCUCACGGCGUUGGGGAGGUUAGGUGAGGCGGCGAGGGAGUGCCUUGAGGCUGUGAAGUUGGAUCCUGCUUAUGCUAGGGCCCACAAGAGGCUUUCCUCUCUUUAUCUCCGCUUUGGGCAGGUUGGGAAUUCCAGGCAUCACCUCUCUCUCUCUGGGGUGAAGGAGGAUCAAUCUGAGGAGCAGAAGCUGUUGUUAUUGGAGAAGCAUCUGAACCGAUGUGAAGAUGCGCGAAAGGUUGGCGAUUGGAAGAGAGCAAUUAGGGAAUCAGAGGCAGCCAUUGCUGUUGGGGCAGAUUCCUCACCUCAGCUUGUUGCUUGUAAAGCUGAAGCUUAUUUAAAACUCCAUCAACUCGAGGAUGCUGAAUCCUGUCUCUCAAACAUUCCAAAGUUGGAUGGUUGUCCCUCAGCCUGCUCUCAAACCAAGUUCUUCGGUAUGGUUGGUGAAGCUUAUGUACUUUUUGUCUCCGCGCAGGUUGAGAUGGCUUUGGGAAGGUUUGAGAAUGCUGUCGCAGCAGCAGAAAAGGCUAGCCUGUUAGAUUACAGUAAUGUUGAAGUUGCUAGGGUUGCAAAUAUUGUGAAAAUGGUGGCACAAUCUCGUUCCAGGGGCAAUGAUCUUUUCAGCUCUGGCAAAUUUUGUGAAGCUUGUUCUGCUUAUGGAGAAGGCCUCAAAUAUGACAAUUCCAACUAUGUUCUAUAUUGCAAUAGAGCUAUUUGUUGGUCUAAACUUGGACUAUGGGAACAAUCUGUUCAAGACUGCAACCAAGCUCUUAAAAUUCAACCAAAUUACACCAAAGCCCUUUUCCGCAGGGCUGCGUCAAAUGCAAAGCUUGAAAGAUGGGUAGAAGUUGUUAAAGAUUACCAGGCCUUAAAACGCGAACUCCCUAAUGACAAUGAAGUUGCUGAAUCUCUUCGUCAGGCUCAACUAGCAUUGGAGGAAUCUCGUGGAGUGGUAUAUGGUACUAAGUUUGGAGUUGAAGUUGAAGAAAUCUCUGCAUUAGAUAAAUUUAAAGCUGCAAUUGCUUCUGCUGGUGUUUCUGUGGUUCAUUUCAAAGAGGCAUCAAAUGAACUAUGUGAAGAAAUAUCUCCAUUCAUAAAUACAUUGUGUGUGAGAUAUCCGUCUAUUAAAUUUAUUAAGGUGGACGUGGAGGAGUGUCUAGCAAUAGCAAAAGCCGAAAGCAUAAGAAGUGUUCCAACUUUUAAAAUUUAUAAAAAGGGAGAGAAGGUGAAGGAGAUGAUCCGCCCAACACAUCAGUUCUUAGAGGACUCAGUAAGGAAAUGUAAUAGCCUCUAG